AUGAACGAGCCACCGGCGAAGCGGAGGAGGACCAUUUCGCCUGACGAACAAACAUCAAGCCCUCUGAGGAAGCCUCCUCGACGACCGUCUUUCGCAUCGCCUACAAAAGCCAGCCUUGCGCGCAAUUACCCGAAUCUCCUAUCUUCGUCACCUCUCAAAGCAUCUCCAAGACGCAACAGGCAAGCGGGGUUGUCAGCCAGACGUGGUCCUCGAGCAAGGGAAGAGAGCGAUUCGGGACGACCGGGUGAUGAAAAUGAGCCAGAACUCCCGGGAACCCCGACUCAGAACGACCGCGAGAAUCCGAAGCAGCCGCGCCGAGGUAUCCUCUUCUCCUCACCAAGCAAGCGACCUUCGCGUGUCAGAGAUCCUGUAAAACAGCCUCCACCAACUUCGAGAGCGCCAGCAGUACAGCCCGAUGAUAUCACAGGGCCUAUAGAGGAUGGUCCUGUCGAAGACGUCACCCAGGAAGCGGUACGAGAGAGACAACCUCCAGAUCCAGAGAUCGAGACAAGGAAACAAGAGAAGGCACGUCUGCAGCGCGAGGUAGAAGAGUUGGAGGCUCAAGUAUCAAGAUGUAUUGACGAGGUGGUCAAAGAGCAGCGUCGUGGUCCAGAAGAUUCUUUACGGCCUCCAGAGCGCGACAGUUUGAAGAAGUUCAUAUCCGAGAUCAGCGGUACUGAUACAGAGCCGGAGAAGUCAGCACCAGUAUCAAGUCUGCUUUCUUCGUUCUUACCAUUCGCCGCCCUUUCCGUUCCUUCACCACGCCCGAAACAAGCAGAGAAGCCAGUUCCAUCUCAUCGGCCAGUGGAACUAGCGGAUCCCUUGCUUUACCUGGAGAUGUUUACAUCGCUCAACUUCUCCACACAACUUAGCCUGCCUCGUAGUAAGAUAUCUCCGGCGUCACAGCGCGUUCAUCAGAAACAUACCAUCGAUAUUGCGGGCCCACAGAAGCUGUUGACGGCCCAGGUUUCGAUUACAAUCGACGCGUUGGCGCACGAGAUUAUCGACAUGCAGCUGCUUCGGAUCUCACCAUGGGCCGAGCGUGAACUAGGCACCUACAUCCGCGCAAGAGCGCUAGAAAGAGAUCUCGGUAAUGCCUCCUGGGCCAUGGACUCGUACUGGCAAAUCGCGAGGAAACGCGCGCAACACUGGCACAAGUGCGAAACCAACUUUGCGCAUCUACUCGUGGGUCGCACCGCAGAAGAUACUGAGAACACUCAGCCAGUAAAAUCCAUCACGCGCAAAGACCUAAGCAGGAACUUGGGUCGUGAUACCUUGAUUCUACAGGACAAACACGUCUUACUGAAGCUCAAUUGGCGGAUCGGCUUCGAUUGGACGGGCGAGGCCGAGUCGGAUGUCAGUGUAGAAGCCGCGUUUCCCCAGGUGUGGUCGGAAAUGGGUGAUGGUGCUGCUGCUUUUAAGAAGAUACCCCAAACUUUUGCUUCUCUUGUUCGCACAAAGGGUGCUUUUCAAGCUACUAGUGUUAUGGUAGCUUUGCUCUUUUCUCAGUAG